AUGAUGAUUCUUCUCACUGGAUGGGAUCUCGUUCCAUACUCCAACCUUUUAGAAGUCCAGAAAGAGGUGUUCGAAUAUUUUGCAGACUUGAGAUGUAUUGCAAAACCAUCGAAUCCGCAUUGUAAAUCUAAUGAUGUGCCUGAUAUUGAUCUCAUAUGUACAUGUUUUAUCAAACCAGAAUAUGGUAUCGCAGCCACUGAUGUUAAACUUUUUAAAGAGCUUCUAUUAAAAAUAAGUUCAGUAGAUGUAAAUAAAUCUGGCCACUCAAAGAAAAGAGAAAUGAAUAGACUUCAAAAAUUGCAUUCACUUAUUUUGCAGGCUCAAAUUUCGGUUCAAAGACAGUUAGAGUUAGCCAAUCCUUGUUCACACAAUGGUUUAACAUUGACAAAUGAAAAACAGCUGAUGGAAUUACAAGCAAAAGAACAAACUUUUCAUAUAAAUACACUACCUAGCUUCUACAAAUUUAGGGGCAUUACUAAAAGUGUUACAAACUUCAGUACAAUAACAUUUACGUUUAUUGAUUUUCUUCAACGAGAUUCUUUUAUUUAUAAGGUACCUUCAAUUGAAAUGCUCUCUAUGAAUAAACAAAUCGAUACGGCUUAUUAUUUUGAAAAGAUGCUUCCAUUUCCUACUUACGUGUACAAACAAAUUCAUCAUGCAGUUGAAUAUGUGGUGUUGUUAACUGAAAAUGUAUUGAAUUUUUUAUUUCUUUUGAAAGCACUGGUUGGUGUUUAUGUACCGUUUGAUGUGACUGUUGAAAAUUCAGAUACAUCUUUCAGUCGAAAGACUAUCCAGUUUGGAAAUAUCAUAUUAACAAGUCCAUUUUCUCCAAGAGUUCGCGCUCGUUUGUUUUAUGAAUCUUUAGUAAAACAACUAUGUUUUGAACACAUCUCGGGUGAUCAAGUGCAUAUUAUUGAGCAAUCAAAGUGUGCUCUCACUAUAAAUACAGUUGUAGAAAAGAUUAAUAUAUCUAGUCCACGUACACUUCGAUCAUCCACUAAAGCUCAGGAAUAUGAUUUAUCCGUCAAUAAAUUGGAUCCAACAGAGGUGUUGAGUGAUACUGAUGAUGAAUUGAGGAUUGAUUUAGAUGAACGGAAUAGUGAUGAUCAUAGUUCUAAACAGUUUAGUUCAUCGAUUUGCGAUCCUGGAAACGUAGCUAGUUUUUGUACAGUUGUUGAAAAAUCCACUAAUAAACAACAAGAAAAUACAAAUAGCCUUUCUGUCAUCAACUUUUCCAGUACACCAGCUUCACCAACUGAUGAGACACCUAAAAGUCCGUGUUUUAAUCAAAUCAUAGAAUCAGAGUCUAUUAUUCAUUCUCCUAGUCCACAAAUAAUUCCUCUUGAGCCUGUCAAAAUUACUUGUGAAUUAUCUCAAGAUUUAUCACCAUUGGAAACAAUUAGUCCUUCAAAACGAUUAACGUCCAACUCUUCUACAUCAAACAAAAUAAAUAAAACAGAAGUUAAUCAGGAAUCAAACAAAAACUCAGUUAAGGCGUAUUCAUAUUCCUCUUUAAAAUUAGGAAAUAAAAAUUUGUUAGUUCAAUUCUUCGAUACAAUAUGGUCGAAUAAUGAAAGUUGUCAAGCUUGCAAAACGUCAUCUUCUGAUGGGCAAUGCCCACUUUGGCCUUCAUGUAACACGCGGAAUCGAACAAACAGCAUAGUGGAUGAUGAGUCUAAAAAAAAUAAUGUGAAGCCUAUUUGUGUUCAAAUCAAGCCGGAGUAUUUAGGUGAUUGGGGCUGUGAAAUGCUUGAAAAUCAAGAAUUGGAACUUUCUUGGUUGGGUUCAUUUAUAAGAAAUAACUCAGAUAUUUUAAGAAUUCGUUUGUAUCCAAACUCUGGGAAAAUUAUCUUGAUAGAAUAUCAAUCUAUGGAAGAAAUGUUGAAGACAUAUCCUCAUUUUAAACCACAAGAUAAUGUAAACAGAUUAUCUGGAUUACUGGAUCAACUUUUUAAUUUACAACCUGGAUCCUAUUUACUAACACAAACCAAGGUCGCAUCCGAUAACUCGUUUGAUAUUUACCAAUCUGUUAAUGAUAAUCAAUCAUUUGAUAUAGAUGCUCGUCAAAUUAAUCUAAAUCAAAUUUCCGGUCAGUUCUCAACAUCUUCAGAAAGAUUACUAAAUUUGUUAACACUUGGAGAUGAUAAUUUCACUGGAAUCACUAUUCCAGAAGAAAUAGCUAGUACACUUUAUUUAGUACGUCGUUUAAAAUUGGAUUUGGAUAUUCCUGCUGGUUUUGAAAAAAUGCAUACUUUACAAAAUGUUAAAUCAGGGAGAAAUUUAAAAUUGCCUGGAUUAAAUCGUAUAGAUUGUAUGGAAAACAGUAGUAAACAGAGUAGUAGUAUUAGUGGUAGUAGUGAAUUAAUAAAAACAUCGACAUCUGACGAAAUCAAUAAAACUCGUGUUAUGAAAGUAAUGACAUCGAAGAAAAGGCCGACGUCGAAACGAAUGGAGAAAAAUAGUACUAAAGGAAGACAACUACCUACUGCUAGUAAAAAUGCAAAUGAUAAACUUCGUGGUAAAAGACGAAGAAUUAAUUAAUUGAUUUGUUUAUAGAUUAUUUAUUUAUGAGCCGGUGUAUUUGUAUAUAUAUGUAUUUUAAAUCAUGUACAUUUCUGAGUUCAAAUAAAG